AUGACUGUUUCGGGUGGGGCGACGUCGCCAAUUGGGGUUGCCAAUGGCUUCCGCCGGCCGAAUACUUUCUUUGAAGACUACGGCAUCUGGAAGGAGGCACCCGUGCUCAUCGGCACCACCAACUUCGAGCCCCGUCCCGAUGUCAAGAACAUCAUGAUUACGGGAGGGGCCGGCUUCAUAGCAUGCUGGCUCGUCCGGCACCUCACCCUCACCUACCCGCACGCCUACAACAUCAUCUCGUUCGACAAGCUGGACUAUUGCGCCUCGCUCAACAACACGCGCAUCCUCAACGACAGGCGCAACUUUACCUUUUACCAGGGCGACGUGACGAACCCGUCAGAAGUGGUCGACUGCCUGGAACGGUACAACAUCGACACCAUCUUCCACUUCGCGGCCCAGUCGCACGUCGACCUGAGCUUCGGCAACUCGUACGGCUUCACGCACACCAACGUGUACGGGACGCACGUGCUGCUCGAGAGCGCCAAGAAGGUCGGCAUCCGGCGCUUCAUCCACGUGUCGACCGACGAGGUGUACGGCGAGGUCAAGGACGGCGACGACGACCUGCUCGAGAGCAGCAUCCUGGCCCCCACCAACCCCUACGCCGCCAGCAAGGCCGCCGCCGAGAUGCUCGUGCAUUCCUACCAAAAGAGCUUCAAGCUCCCCGCCAUCAUCGUGCGUAGCAACAACGUCUACGGCCCGCACCAGUACCCGGAGAGUACGCACGCACCCCCGCCACAUCCCCCCCCCCCUUCCUUUAUCAUCCACACUAACCCCCCACCUCCCCCCUCCCUCCUCAGAAAUUAUCCCCAAAUUCACGUGCCUCCUCGCACGCCACAAACCGGUCGUCUGCACGGCGACGGCUCGCCCACGCGGCGGUACCUCUACGCGGGUGACGCCGCCGACGCCUUCGACACGAUCCUGCACCGGGGCCAGCCCGGGCAGAUCUACAACGUGGGGUCGCACGACGAGAUCAGCAACGUGGCGCUGUGCCGGCGGCUGCUCGCCGUCAUGGGCCUCGCGCAGCAGCACGACGACGACGACGACGACGACGACGACGACGACGCCUUCCGCCGCUGGGUCAAGUACACGCACGACCGGCCCUUCAACGACCACCGCUAUGCGGUCGAUGCGACCAAGCUGCGCGGGUUGGGGUGGGAGCAGAAGACGGGCUUGGAGGAGGGCCUGCGUGUGACGGUCGAGUGGUAUCGCUUGUUUGGGGAGCGCUGGUGGGGGGAUAUUACGAAAGUGCUGAGUCCGUUUCCUGUCGUGGCCGGUAUGGAGGUGCUGUCGGAUUCGGAGCCCGUGUCGGAUAACCCGCAGGUGGCAGCGGCGGCGGUGAGUCAGGGGGGUGGGAAGGGAGAGGGUGGGAAUGGGACGGUGGGAGGGAAUGGUGCGGUGGCGAAUGGGCUUGGGGGACACCACCACGGGUGA